ACAUCAUGUAUCUUUUUCCUUUCAAAUCCAACCUCCCAAAACAUCGAGUCUUUUGCUAAAGGUCACGGUUACAGCAAGUUACAGUUUUUGUUACGUGUCCUAAAUCGUGCUUAUGUUGAUCGUGAUGAAAACGUGAGAAACAUCGUAAAGAGAAUCAUACUAAUAAAAUGCGGACUUAUUUGUGAAAACCGCAGACCGCAGUGUGCGAAAAUGCAAGAGCCGCAGUAUGUCGCGACCGCGUGUCAGGGCGAAUUUUACACCGCUGCCGCGAAAUAUUGGGACCGCAUCCCGCCAACGGUGGACGGGAUGCUUGGUGGCUUCGGAUUCAUCUCGCAGACUGACAUAAAGGGCUCCACGCUCUUCUUAAAAUCUCUUUUUGAGUUAGAAAAUCCACCUUCUAAAGCGUUUGCCCUAGAUUGCGGUGCUGGUAUCGGUAGAAUUACGAAGAAUUUAUUAUUGAAAUUUUUCAAACAUAUAGACCUUGUUGAACAAAACUCGAAGUUUUUAGAAGUAGCGAAGAUUUCCCUGGAGAAUUGUUCAUCGAGAAUCGGUCAAUAUUAUCCUAUUGGAUUGCAAAAUUUCUGUCCUACGGCAAAUAAGUACGAUCUUAUAUGGUGUCAAUGGGUAUUGGGGCAUUUGGAAGACGACGAUUUAAUAGAAUUUUUCAGAAAAUGCUCAUUGGGCUUGAAAGACAACGGUGUGCUCGUGGUGAAAGAAAAUAUCACAACUUCAAAUAAAAUAGAAAUUGAUAAGGAAGACUCUUCCGUAACGAGACCAAUGAAAAGUUUGCUAUCUUUAUUUGAAAAGGCUGACCUUAUUAUUAUUAAGGAACAACAGCAGACGAAAUUCCCACGCGGUUUAUAUCCAGUUUAUAUGUUUGCCCUUAGACCAACAAGUCAAGUAAUGGGUUGAGUUUCUGCGUAGUUUGACGUAGGUGUGACUUGUUGUCUAAAAAUCAAAGAAAAAAAUCAACGUCUUCUGAUAUAUUGUUUUAACUGUGAUAAUAUAAUAAACGAAAUUAUUUCUU